UGUGGUUCCACGUCACUCCAUAGACUCAGACUCCAUAUCGGACACGGAUACAGGCAGAAAUCGGAGGCAGUAACGUGAAGAAGGAAAUCACUUUAAUCAUCUCUGACUGGUGUCUGCUGAAGGGACGAGGAUCUGUCCAGCACCAUGACCGCAGCGGAGAACGUGUGUUACACCCUGAUCAAUGUCCCAAGCGACUCGGAGCCUCCGUCAGAAGUCAGCCUUAAAGCUGAUUUGGAAAAGGGGGAGAUAAAAGCCAAGACGGAGGCGCUGAAGAAAGUCAUCAUCAUGAUCCUGAACGGUGAGAAGCUGCCCGGUCUGCUGAUGACCAUCAUCCGCUUUGUGCUUCCUCUUCAGGACCACACCAUCAAGAAACUUCUCCUGGUCUUCUGGGAGAUCGUACCCAAAACCACUCCUGAUGGAAAACUGCUUCAGGAGAUGAUCCUGGUCUGUGAUGCCUACAGGAAGGAUCUUCAGCACCCGAACGAGUUUAUCCGUGGCUCCACACUGCGCUUCCUGUGUAAGCUGAAGGAGGCGGAGCUUUUGGAGCCGUUGAUGCCGGCUAUCCGCGCCUGUCUGGAACAUCGCCACAGUUACGUACGCCGCAACGCCGUCCUCGCCAUCUACACCAUCUACAGAAAUUUUGAGCAUUUAAUCCCCGACGCUCCAGAACUGAUCCAUGACUUCCUGGUAAACGAGAAAGACGCGAGCUGUAAAAGAAACGCCUUCAUGAUGCUGAUCCACGCCGAUCAGGACCGAGCUCUGGAUUAUCUCAGCACGUGUAUCGAUCAGGUUCACACAUUCGGAGACAUUCUGCAGCUGGUGAUUGUUGAACUCAUCUACAAGGUGUGCCAUGCUAACCCGUCAGAGCGAGCUCGCUUCAUCCGCUGCAUCUACAACCUGCUGCAGUCGUCCAGUCCAGCUGUGAAAUACGAAGCUGCUGGAACUCUGGUCACUCUGUCCAGCGCUCCGACUGCCAUCAAGGCUGCAGCUCAGUGUUAUAUUGACCUGAUCAUUAAGGAGAGCGAUAACAACGUGAAGCUGAUCGUACUGGACCGCCUCAUCGAGCUGAAGGAGCAUCCCACUCACGAGCGUGUGCUGCAGGACCUGGUGAUGGACAUCCUAAGGGUUCUGACCACUCCUGACCUGGAGGUUCGCAAGAAGACUCUGCAGCUGGCGCUGGACCUGGUGUCAUCUCGUAACGUGGAGGAGUUGGUGAUUGUUCUGAAGAAGGAAGUGAUCAAGACCAACAAUGUGACUGAACAUGAAGACACUGAUAAAUACCGCCAGCUGUUGGUCAGAACUCUCCACUCCUGCAGUGUACGCUUCCCUGACAUGGCUGCUAACGUCAUCCCUGUGCUGAUGGAGUUCCUCAGUGACACUAACGAAGCAGCCGCUGCUGAUGUGUUAGAGUUUGUGCGUGAGGCGAUACAGCGGUUCGACUCGCUCCGAGCGCUCAUCAUUGAGAAAAUGCUGGAAGUUUUUCACGCCAUUAAAACGGUCAAGAUUUACCGAGGAGCGCUGUGGAUUCUGGGAGAGUACUGCAGCACCAAAGAGGACAUCCAGAAUGUCAUGACUGAAGUGCGGAGGUCACUCGGAGAGAUCCCCAUAGUGGAGAAUGAGAUAAAGAAGGAGGCGGGGGAGCUGAAAGUGGAGGAGGAAGUGAGCGCAGGGCCAGUGCAGAAGCUGGUGACUGAGAUGGGAACCUACGCCACUCAGAGCGCUCUCAGCUCCAAUAGACCCUCGAAGAAAGAGGAGGACAGGCCUCCUCUGAGGGGUUUCCUGUUGGACGGGGAUUUCUACGUCGCUGCGUCUCUCGCCACCACGCUGACUAAAAUCGCACUGCGCUACAUUGCCAUCGUUACAGACAAGAAGAAGCAAAACUCGUUUGUAGCUGAAGCCAUGCUGAUCAUGGCCACCGUGCUCCACCUGGGGAAAUCUUCACUGCCCAAGAAGCCGAUCACGGACGACGACGUGGAGCGAAUCUCUCUGUGCCUGAAGGUUCUGUCCGAGUCCUCACCGCUCAUGAGUGACAUCUUCAACAAAGAAUGCCGCAGGUCCCUGUCCCACAUGCUGACUGUACGACUGGAGGAGGAGAAACUCUCUCAGAAGAAAGAAUCGGAGAAGCGUAACGUGACGGUGCAGGCCGACGACCCCAUCUCCUUCAUGCAGCUCACCGCCAAGAACGAGACGAGCUCCAAAGAGGACCAGUUCCAGCUCAGUCUGCUGGCCGCUAUGGGCAACACGCAGAGGAAGGAAGCGUCCGACCCGCUCGCCUCCAAACUCAACAAGGUGACGCAGCUGACUGGUUUCUCAGAUCCGGUCUAUGCUGAAGCAUAUGUCCACGUUAACCAGUAUGACAUCGUGCUGGAUGUGCUGGUGGUCAACCAAACCAGUGACACCCUGCAGAACUGCACUUUGGAACUGGCCACAUUGGGUGACCUGAAGCUGGUGGAGAAGCCGUCUCCUCUCACUCUCGCUCCUCAUGACUUUGCCAACAUCAAGGCCAACGUCAAAGUGGCUUCCACAGAAAACGGCAUCAUCUUCGGGAAUAUCGUGUAUGAUGUGUCGGGAGCAGCCAGUGACAGGAACUGUGUGGUUCUCAGUGACAUCCACAUCGACAUCAUGGACUACAUCCAGCCGGCUUCCUGCACAGACGCUGAGUUCAGACAAAUGUGGGCGGAGUUUGAGUGGGAGAACAAGGUUACAGUGAACACCAACAUCACCGAGCUGAACGAUUAUCUUCAGCACAUUCUCAGCUCCACCAACAUGAAGUGUUUAACUCCAGAGAAGGCUCUCUCUGGGGUUUGUGGUUUCAUGGCUGCUAACCUGUAUGCUCGCUCUAUCUUUGGCGAGGACGCUCUGGCUAACGUGAGCAUCGAGAAGCCCAUUCUCCUCGGACCUGAGGCUCCGGUCAACGGCCACAUUCGCAUCCGUGCCAAGAGCCAGGGCAUGGCCUUGAGUCUGGGAGAUAAGAUUAAUCUGUCUCAGAAGAAGACCCUCUCGUAAAGCGUAAAGGCGUUCAGUAGGAAGCGCUCGUGUUUUCAUCCUUUACAUUAUUUUUUUUAAUUGUCACUCCAUUUCUGACUUGUGUUCACAUCGUCGCUGUGUGAUUCGAAAAAAAAACAGUAAGAUCUGUGUGAUGAUAUUUCAUCCGACAAAACUCGUAAUGUGUCUUCAUUUAUCUGUAACGUACCAAUAAAUAUCACCAGACCAUC